AUGGACUACCUAUGGUCGCAAUUGAGUGUUGAGGCUGCUGAGAGACGUCUGGAAUUUUCAAAGCAGCAACUUGAGUUCAAACAUCGCGAACUCUCCAAGACUGCCACCGGUAAUGACUUGCGGGAGUCCUUGAUACGAUACGCAAGAGCAGAUUGCCUCCAAUUGGCCACGAUGAUGCUGGAAAAGUUGCCAACCGAGGUGCGAGGUCUUGUGUAUCAACAUCUUUGCAUCGAAGAUCGACCAAUACCUGUGGGACCUCAUUAUCAUUCCCGCAAGUAUGAUAGAGAAGAGUUCCAGGACUCUGCUUUAGUCGUACUUUCUGAGCAGCAUUCUGGUGCAGAUGUUGAUGAUGACGACGAAGAUAUCGAGUACGAGGAUCAGGUUAUCGAAACGCCAGAUGGUCGCCUGAAACGUGACCACACCUAUAAGCCCCCUUCCGAUAUGGUGCUUCCCAGCAGUCACAUCUUCAACCCCAGAUACGUGGGUGUCAAGAUCUCUUUCGAGCUGCAAAAAGUGUAUUACACAAGGAACACCUUCUCGAUCUGUACGGUCGAACAGGGUAUACGUAACUUUCUACAGUUGCAUACCGGAUAUGCCAUGAGGAAAUGGAAGAAUGGCACACCACCUUCUAUGCCUAAAGACCUGAUUCUCCAGCCGCCCUUCCUUCCAGGCGACUAUGUUUGUAACCUACAGAUCCGUAUAAAAGCCGAACAGCUAAACGGGAUAGCUCUUCCCGACAUUAGCAGCGAGGAGGAGUGCCCGGAGAAGGAGAAGCAACUGCUGGAGUCCAUAAGGGACAAUCUUCUCGGUCUCGACGUGCAGAGUUUGCUUGGCGCUAGCCGCAAACUGAAUAUCGAGUUCAUCAUCAUGAGCGCGUUGAAUGAGGAAGGAAACGAGAACGGACAUAGAGAUGACUGCUGCGGUGCUAUGAAUCUCACGGACACAUAUAGAGCUUGUGAUGGAAGCGGUCAAGAAACACGAGCUCAUUGGAACAUGGUUCUGCCAUGGGACGAAUGGUCGUGUCUUGUCACCAUCGAGAUCUACGGCAUCAUUACACCGUGGACCGUGGCCCUUCCCAUAGCCUCUGUACACGGGACCUACACGGUACCUACUACUGUGCACCUCUGUUGUGUGCCUGAAGAUCAGGUACGGCGGUUGAGAGUGAGUGAGGGUGAAACAACAGCCCUCGUACCGUACCACGACGGCUUGACAGCUGAUGAUUCGUUUACCAACAAAAAGAACGGCCCCUUUUUCAACAUGCAGGCAGAAGUCAGUAAGCGACGUCUUGUCGUAUAA